AACCAUCAGCACCAAAGAAUGUCGACUCCAAGCCCACCAGUCUAUCCUUGUCGCUGGAAAUGGUGUCGAAGUGUCUACAAUACUACCGCAGAGCUUGUUAAGCACGUCCAAAAUCAUGUGCAAGCCGAACAACCCUGCCGACUUCGUGAUUUGGCUGAGCAACUCCGAGCUGAAGAAGGCAUCGGACGGUCGAUCUCUCUGGGACUAGGAACGAAUAGUCAAAAUUCCCACUCUUUAGACUCAUUCGAGGCGUUGCGACAGCCAUUAGCGAUGUUAUCACACAGCUCAUCUUCGUCCUCCCUCGCUAACGCCCUUUCUCCUGUGCUACGACCCACAACACCGAACCUUUCAGCUAUCGAAAACACAUCAACGCCAGACGCCAUCCCCAAUCCAGAGCUUCCUGAGCUCGACACUAUGAUUUCACAACAGUUGUCCCCUUCGUCUCGACUGCCCUUCUAUGGAUCGCAGGACUCCGACAUUUCCGUAGAGCGACAGCUUACACAGGAUCUAGACAUGUCUUUUGACGUCUCACAAUCAAAUCCAUAUGCAGGAGAGCUCAAUUGGACAGGCACCUCACAGUCCCAAUCUCAAUCCUAUUCACAACAACACUCCUCAGCGUCGUCCUCGUCCUCUUCACAAUCACAGGCCGGCAUCACGCAGCAACGCUCUACUUACACGCCCACCAGACAGCCGUGGUAUGGCUCUCCGAAUCAUGCCCAAACACGUUCAUUCCGAUCUGGUUCAAUGAAGUUGCAGUCACCGCCCGGUACACUGAACCCAAGUAUGCUUUCACAACCUUUUCUGCACAGUUUAGAGUCGUCGUCGCCCUUUAUUCCGCGAACACAAGCCCCGUAUCAAAGCCAAAGCCAGGAGUAG